AUGCACUUGAACCGCAUCUUGGAGAAGUGGCAAGGAAUGCUGGCGCUGGUCCGGGCUGUGCUGCUGCUUAGGUCUGUGCUGGCGAUUUUGGCCGUGCACCUGUUAGCGGCUGCUGAUUGUGGUUGGUUGCUAACAUUCCCUAUCAAAGUUUGA